CUGUGCGAGCGCACCCGGGCCCAGCCGCAUCGCCGACUACCUGCUGCUGCCCCUAGCCGAGCGCGAGCAUGUGUCCCGGGCGCUGUGCAUCCACACCGGCCGCGAGCUGCGCUGCAAGGUGUUUCCCAUUAAACACUACCAGGACAAAAUCAGGCCUUACAUCCAGCUGCCGUCGCACAGAAACAUUACCGGCAUCGUGGAAGUAAUUCUUGGGGAGACCAAGGCCUACGUCUUCUUCGAGAAGGACUUUGGGGACAUGCACUCCUAUGUGCGAAGCCGGAAAAGGCUUCGGGAAGAGGAGGCCGCUCGGCUCUUCAAGCAGAUAGUCUCCGCCGUUGCCCACUGCCACCAGUCGGCCAUCGUGCUGGGGGACCUGAAGCUUAGGAAGUUUGUCUUCUCCACGGAGGAGAGAACCCAGCUUAGGCUGGAAAGCCUGGAAGAUACACACAUCAUCAAGGGAGAAGAUGACGCCCUCUCAGACAAGCAUGGCUGCCCGGCCUAUGUGAGCCCUGAGAUCCUCAACACUACUGGGACCUACUCAGGGAAGGCUGCGGAUGUCUGGAGCCUCGGGGUGAUGCUCUAUACGCUUUUGGUUGGACGAUACCCCUUUCAUGACUCAGACCCGAGUGCCCUUUUCUCCAAAAUCCGCCGUGGACAGUUCUGCAUCCCUGAGCACGUUUCUCCCAAAGCCAGGUGCCUCAUCCGCAGCCUCCUGAGACGAGAACCUUCGGAGAGACUCACAGCUCCCGAGAUCUUGCUCCACCCCUGGUUUGAGUAUGUCUUGGAACCAGGGUACAUUGACUCAGAAAUGGGAACUUUGGACCAGAUUGUUCCCGAAUACCAAGAGGAAAAUGACAUUAGUUCCUUCUUGUGCUGAUCCCAAAAACAACCUCAGAAACCUCGUAAUUCUCACACAUGGUAUUUCCAUUUCUGAUGAUGGGCAGGCCCUCUUACACGGUGCCAGCCAGAUUUGGGGACGGAGCACUAUUGUCCCUAUGGGGCUCAGUGUGGUGCCACCUCUCUAGGCUGAGUGACUUGAUUUGAGCAGCACACACUCAGAUUAGCUCCUCGCCAGGGGUGUCCCCUUCUCGAUGAACCGUCAUGACUGUCCCAGCGUC